AAAGAGGAGUUGAAAAUCGUAUCCUUUAUGCCAGACGUCACGCAGUUCGAGUACGUAAUCAUGCAAAAAUGGUAGACUGUUACCUUGCAACCUACUACAAACACAAAUCCAUAUUCAGCAACAGAAAGAAAAUAGCCGAUCAAAUCACCGAAAAUCCUGAUAAAUACAGUAUUUAUCAAGGUCUCAGCACUUUGACCAAUGUCAGCCGUUACGAUCUUCCAGAUCCCGACAUAUAUCGUGAAUUUUUCAAUCUUCAUCCAUUAUACGAUUUUAAACCUCUUCAGUCAACAUGCAGUUAUUUCAGAGGAUGCCCUCUCGACAAACUGGAUAUUGCCAUUUCUUACGACCUUCCGGAUCUGUUGAGGAAAUACAAAAAGCAUUUCAACAAAGUGAAUAACACAGAUCAAAAGGAAGAUGAUAAAACUAGAUGAACAGAAAGACCGAAUGGAAUUGGGACGGUCUAAUCCGGACCAACAAAUCAAGUGUCGCACGCACUUGUAGGAUUUACAAAUCCUACAGUCGCUGCAAAAAGUAGUGAAUGGGUAAAGUGUUGUCAGUUGAUGAGUUUUGCCAUGAAAAAUUUCGUAGAAAGCCGAAUCAAAAUUAAUGUGGAGAAAGGAGUGUUUUUAUUCACAAAAUUUGUUAUUCCACUUACUGCAUUUUUCCAAUGAAAUUAGAAAAUACCUUCAGCAAAAGUAGAUAUGUAAAAUUAUGGACGACAUUCCUAGGAUCAAAAAAUGGACACAUUCCCAUCAACUGACAACAUAUCAUACAUUCUAACCCGGUCAAUAUUAUCUUUAGUCGAUUGUGAAUCAUUCUAAGCAGUCUACUCACCAAAGAAUGGAACAAUUGUGAGUAAAGAUUAUCGACUGUUUAUCAUCGCGUAAUGCAAACUUCAUUUCAUUCAAAAUUUGUGAACUAAAGAAGUGCCUUUAGUAUAUAGACUAUAUCACCUCUUAAUUAAAAAAGCUUCAAAUUCAUUGUUUGUUUCAACUGUUUCCUAUGUCAUCUGAUGUAUUCAUGCCAUAAAUUAAAUUUCUUUCGAAUUGAUACUGUGAUACGAAGAUUAUAAAUUUAAAUAAAAAUGUGUUACAACUGAUAUUAUGAAUAAAUAUUAAAAUAAAGUUAAUCAAGUUAUGUAUACAUCAGUAUAUUCAAUGUAGCUUCAUCCCUAAAUAAAUAGUAAAACACUCAUA